AUGCCUGGUUCCUGUGAGGUUUGCUCUUCAGAGCCCUCCAAAUAUCGUUGUCCGAUUUGCGAACUGAUGAGCUGCUCGCUUGCAUGCACCCAGUCCCAUAAGAUAUACUGUGCCCCGAAAGCCCCUUCCAACGAGGAAUCGAGCAACCCACCCGAAGCCGAUCAAUCCCAGAACGGCGAUAUCAAGACUGAAAAUGCUCCGCCGGCUGAAUCCAAGCGGCCGAUGAAUGUCGCAGCUGUAGCGACAUCAGCGGAGAUCAAGCAACUCCUCGAGAAGCACCCCGAACUCCGCAGCCAGCUACAAGAAAUGUACCAAGCCACGCUGGAAGAAGAAUGGGUAGAAUGGCAUACAACGCCCGCGCGCGGACGAGGUCGUGGACGAGGACGAGGUGGUUCCACUCGUCGCAGUCGGGGCUCGUGGACCAGCGAGAAAGGCUUCAAUCGUGGACUGGGCAAGGUCCGAAAGCUGCGACAGGACUGUGAGGAGGGCACAGAGACUGGCCAAGUCGCCGAGGCCUUCAUGCGGUUUAUGGCGCUUGUCAACCAGGCCCAGGAAGCACACUCAGCCUGA